UCAGACUUUAAUAUGCUGGCCAAACAAUCUCUGAAAUGAAUGGUUAGUAAGAAAUAAACGCAGCCUUGUUAAAAACUUUAGGGGAUCUCGUUUUGGCAAGAUUGCAACCCAACCCUAAUAUGCUUCUCAAGCCAAACGAUUGAGGAGUAGCAUAGUUCAAUGUCUAUCAAUGGUAAGUGACUAGUGAGAACUAAAGCAAGCAGGUGUCACAAAUUGGAACUAUGUUUCUCAAUUGUUUGGGUAGGAGUUGUUGGAAGCACACAACGAAUACAAAUUCAGCUCAGAGACAGUUUCCAACGGUGAUAGAAGAGCUGUGCCAUCAAUUUUCUCUCGCCGAUCUAAGGAAAGCCACCAAUAACUUCGAUCUAAACAGAGUAAUAGGGAGUGGAAUAUUCAGUGAAGUAUAUAAAGGCUAUCUACAGCAUAAUGGUGCUUCUGAUUACACGGUCGCAAUAAAGCGAUUUAACAAUCAAGGAUGCGAAGCGUUUAACAACGAAAUAGAAUUGUUAUGCCAGCUUCGCCACCCCAGAUGUGUGUCUCUUAUAGGAUUCUGCAACCACGAAAAGGAGAAGAUUCUUGUAUACGAGUACAUGUCCAAUGGAUCUCUAAAUGAACACCUACAACAUGGUGAACUCUCAUGGAAGAAGAGGCUACAAAUAUGCAUAGGAGUAGCACGUGGACUACACUACCUUCACACCGGAGCGAAACGUUCGAUCUUUCACUGUAUCCUGGGUCCUAAUACCAUCCUUUUGGAUGACCACAUGGAGCCAAAACUCGCUGGUUUCGGUGUUAGCGUGCAGGGAUCACGUUUUAUGUCAAAGCAGAAGCAAAUCAAUGUAGAGCAUGUUAUGGGUACUUGGGGUGUCAUGGCUACGCAGUUUGUCAUGGAUAGUACCAUCACAGCUAAAUGGGAUGUUUUCUCAUUUGGUUUGGUUCUACUCGAAGUUGUGUGCAGGGGGAGGUUUUAUUUAAUAACCCUGGCUGAAAAAGAAUUUCUGGAGAAUCCUAUUGAGGAGAAAAUUGAUCCGAUUAUCAAAGGAAAGAUUGCACCAGAUUAUUGGCAAGUCUUUGUAGAUGUCAUGGUAAAUUGCUUGAAGUAUGAACCAGAUGAGCGACCUGCAAUCGGUGAAGUAGAGGUGCAACUUGAGCAUGCUCUAUCGAUGCAGGAACAAGCAGAUAUCACAAACUCCAACUGUGAUUAUACUUUAUUGUCCAAAACCAUUAUUCCCCUGGGAGUGAAACAGUAUGUGAUACUGAAGAAAUUAAGUGACUAGAUCACCGAAAUUAAGAUGGGAAGCUUUGUCCAAAAAUCCAGAUUAAUGAGUGACCCGGAAUAGCAAGGAGAAGAAGAAAAAUGCCAACAGGAAGUGCCUGGCGACACGAAGCAAGCGCCAGGCGGAACAGACCGCCAGUCAAGCGCCAACCAAGCGCCAGCCAGGCGCCCCUGUUACGAACCGCCUGGCGGUAACUGGAUACCGCCAGGCGGUAGCUGCCAGUUUUGCCCCUUGUUUGCUCGAUACCGCCUGGCGGUGAGACCCUUCCGCCAGGCGCCAGUGUUCGCUGAUGUGGCAAGUUGGCUCUUUUUCUUCUGUCUUCGCGAGGGAAAAAGGAUCUUGGACACUUGGGAGCUCGAACAACACGUCUUGGAGCGCUUGGAGGUCUGCUAGGACUUGUGGGAACAACUCCAUCUUCCUCUUUGUGUCUCCUUCCUCUUCCAUUUCCAUUUUGUAAGCUUGAGCUCUCCAUGACAAUGGAGAGCUAAACCCAUUUUUGUUGGGGUUAGAUGUAGCCACUGAACUCUUAUGUAUUUUCGAAUGGGUUGAA